AUGGCUUUCCCAGAGACAUCAUACUGGAUGAAGUUCUUUAAGGAUGCUGGUAUACCAGCUGGAGACUCUGCCAACUAUGCAGUGACAUUUACAGACAACAGAAUCACACGGGACAUGCUCCAGGACCUGACAAAGGACUACCUUAACUGUAUGGGAAUUUCAAUCCUGGGCGAUGUCAUCAACAUCCUCAAACAUGCCAAGACAGUACACAUACAGGAGCAAAGGGAGAAAACAUUAAGGGGCUCACAGCCUUCACCAACCCCAAGGAGAUCCACAGCUGCCAGUCGGAUUGUUGAUCAUUACCUUGGGAAAGAUCCGGAUGCAGGCCCAAUGAACCUUCCUGUUGUACAUGUACCAAAGAUAUCAAGGGAAUUGUCAGCAAGGCUUGGAACACCACCAGGAUCAGCCAGGUCCUCUCCAGUUCCAACAUCAAGAAAUAUCAGUAAAAUUAAGCUGAACCCUAAAAAACUUGAGGAAGUUGUACCUGUGCCAAAAUCUCGACGAGUGUUCCCUGAACAUGAAGGAAAGUACAAGAUUACUAUGCCUGCUGGAACCACGGCAAAGACACAAAAAAUAUUAAAAGCGAAAUCAGGGUCAAGUGUCAAGGGAAAUUCUGUGUUCAAUAGACUAGGGGCAGACAACAAAGGCAGAUCAACCACAUUUACAGAAGGUGGAGGGAUGAUCAUUAAGUCUGCCAGUGCUGAGUCCUCAGUGUUCAGUCGACUUGGAGGCAAGAAGGCAGUAAAGCGAGCUGCCACAUCAACAUCUAUGGAUGAGGAGGACGAUGACGAAGAUGGAGAGCCACUAGGAUACGCUGGAGUCCUCAAGUCUACUCCCUCCCCAGUUAAACGUAAUAAGGUUGUCCUCACAACAUCUACUGUCUCCGUUACAAAAACAGCUGGUCCUACAGCUGUAAAAUCUCCCACAACUGAGGGAAUCUUUGGGGCAGUUGCAUCAAGGAGUCUACAGGACCGAUUAGGUAAGAAGGUGGGAGUUAGCUGUGCUGUGUCCAGUACGACAUCUGAGGAAGGAGAUAAGCCUGUCCGAAAGAAAUCAGGGAUUCAGAAACGUCUAGGCGAACAGAAAGUUACCUCCAGUACAAAGCCUGCUCCUAAGAUCACCAACCUCAAAGCAACAGGAGCAGAAAAGAAAGGAUCAGGUGUAUUCAGCCGACUAGGAAAGAAGGCCACUUCAUGACAACCCUAACACCAGUGGAUUUGUUGUAUAGGUGCUUCAGUAUUCAGCAACACAUGUUUGAAGUAGAAGGUGAUCUUAUGACCUUUGACAUAGUUGAAAGGUUCAGUUAGGAAUUUUGAUCUCUUUACUAUGGUAGUAUGAUGUAUAUCACUUAACACACAUACUAUAUGAAAUGUACAGAUGUAGGAUCUAUACAUAACAUCUUAUAAAAUCAGGGUCACCCAGUUCAUAAAAGUCAAGGUCAUCUUACGUAAAAAAAAAAAGAGCCAGUCAGUGUCUGAUCAGUGUAAUGUUUACAUGAGUUAUGAGUCAGUAGAUCAUCUUUGAAAUCAAAGAACUGCCAUGUCAAUACACCUAUCUUCUGUUCAUCCUUUGAGUAUCUUACAGCAAGCUUGUUGGUCCCAGAAGAUAUUCCUGACCAAUUGUUAGGCUUAUACCUAUUCUUUGAAAAGUCAACUUUGACCUUUAUGCUGCCAAGUGGUUCUUUUUAUUUUUAUCAAAGUGGUCACAAGUGUGCAUACUUCUGUACUUGUUCCCAGAAAAAGUAUGGAAAACGGAGCAGAAGAAGUACAUAUAAAUGUAUGUACCUAUAUUAUUUGUAGUUUUCUGGCUUAUAAAGGUAAAGGUAUUGUACAUUUCACCUACAGAUGUACUGCUAGCAAGGUAAUGCUCAAUUCUUAAAUUAUAAAGAUAAAAGCUGUUGACUUUGUUCACUGUAUUGCCAUUAGAUAUUCUGGUUUUAUGUGCAAGUUCAGGUUUUAUGUUCUGCUUAUGUGAAAUGGAAUUAACUAUUAUGUGACCGGAGAACAAUUGUAAUAGGAUUCCUUUAGCAGACCUAUUAAGAUUUUUACCCAACUUGUCAGACAGGUUUGACGAGAAUGAGGAGGUAAAUUGAAUGAGGGUGAAGGUCGUUUAGUACUACACUGAUUGUAUGAUUAGGUAAAGUUCAUUAGGAUUUUGAUAUAUAUCAAGGUAGAUGUCAUGGAGUACCAUUGUUAGGUAAAGUUUGAGCAUGAAAGUAGAUCAUCAUACUCAAUACAUUGUAUUUCACACUAACAUAGUGGAUUAGACGUAUAUAUGUGUGAUUGUUAGUGGUAUAAUUUGUGACAAGGACUAUCAUACAGUAUGGAAGGAUGAAAGUUGCAUUAACUCGAGGAUUACAAACAUCAGUUGUAAUGAUAUUUUAUAUACAAUGUGAAGUAAAUGUAAUAUUUACGUUAUAGAAUUCCAUGAUCAUCAGUUUCUAUAAGUGGAAAACCUGUUGAUGCCAGAGAGAUAUUAAGUAUUUUUAAGAUCUGACACUUUGUGAACUGAUUAUCGUUUGUUGUUGGAUUUGAUAUUAAAGUUUCCAUAAUCAUUUCUAUUCCCCGGAAACAGUACAAAGUUGUCAGUAGCUUUUAUUCCUAGCAGUAAACAGUCAAAUCUCUUUCUCAGGAAACCGUACAGCUAUUCAGUCUUAACAGAUCAUCCCUACUAAAUAAUUCAGUCAUCUUUGUGUUCCUGGUUGUCAUAUAAUUAUAGAUAUGCAGCCUUCGUACUUUCCAGUCAUUGAUUCAGACUCAUUCAGUUGAAGUAAAUACUGGUACAUAUAUGUUGAAAGAUAAAUCCCAAAUUACAGAAACAGCACUGCCUGGUAGACAAUCCAGUUACUUACCUUUAUGCCCGGUAAAUAAUCCAGCUACUUACCUUUAUUCCCGGUAAAUAAUCCAGCUACUUACCUUUAUUCCCGGUAAAUAAUCCAGCUACUUACCUUUAUUCCCAGUAAAUAAUCCAGCUACUUACCUUUAUUCCCGGUAAAUAAUCCAGCUACUUACCAUUAUUCUCAGUAAAUAAUCCAGCUACUUACCUUUAUUCUCAGUAAAUAAUCCAGCUACUUACCUUUAUUCUCAGUAAAUAAUCCAGCUACUUACCAUUAUUCUCAGUAAAUAAUCCAGCUAUUAACCUUUAUUCCCAGUAAAUAAUCCAGCUACUUACCAUUAUUCUCAGUAAAUAAUCCAGCUACUUACCUUUAUGCCCGGUAAAUAAUCCAGCUACUUACCUUUAUUCCCAGUAAAUAAUCCAGCUACUUACCUUUGUUCGAAAUAAAUAAUCCAGCUAUUAACCUUUCUUCCCAGUAAAUAAUCCAGCUAUCAUGAUUCCCUUGGAAAAAGGUCUAUCUUGACAAAGAAUGACAAGAAAGUGGGCAACCAGAUUAGUGGUGUGUUGAUACUGGGAUGACCAAAUAAGUGGCAUUUUAGAUAUUAGGGCUAACCAAAUUAGUGAUGACUGGAUACUUGGACACCCAGUUUAGUGGUGGCUGGUAUAUUGGGACUCCCAGUUAAGUGGCAUCUAGAUAUUGGAAUGCCCAGUUUAGUGGUGGCUGGUAUAUUGGGACGACCAAACUAGUGAUGACUGGAUACUUGGACUCCCAGUUUAGUGGUGGCUGGUAUAUUGGGACAAUCAAACUAGUGAUGACUGGAUACUUGGACGCCUAGUUAAGUAGUGGCUGGUAUAUUGGGACUCCCAGUUUAGUGGUGGCUGGUAUAUUGGGAUGACCAAACUAGUGAUGACUGGAUACUUGGACGCCUAGUUAAGUAGUGGCUGGUAUAUUGGGACUCCCAGUUUAGUGGUGGCUGGUAUAUUGGGAUGACCAAACUAGUGAUGACUGGAUACUUGGACGCCUAGUUAAGUGGUGGCUGGUAUAUUGGGACUCCCAGUUUAGUGGUGGCUGGUAUAUUGGGACUCCCAGUUAAGUGGCAUCUAGAUAUUGGAAUGCCCAGUUUAGUGGUGGCUGCAUAUUGGAAUGCCCAGUUUAGUGGUGGCUGGUAUAUUGUGAUGACCAAACUAGUGAUGACUGGAUACUUGGACUCCCAGUUUAGUGGUAGCUGGUAUAUUGGGAUUCCCAGUUUAGUGGUGGCUGUUAUAUUGGGAUUCCCAGUUUAGUGGUAGCUGUUAUAUUGGGAUUCCCAGUUUAGUGGUGGCUGGUAUAUUGGGAUUCCCAGUUUAGUGGUAGCUGGUUUAUUGGGAUUCCCAGUUUAGUGGUGGCUGUUAUAUUGGGAUUCCCAGUUUAGUGGUAGCUGGUUUAUUGGGAUUCCCAGUUUAGUGGUGGCUGUUAUAUUGGGAUUCCCAGUUUAGUGGUGGCUGUUAUAUUGGGAUUCCCAGUUUAGUGGUGGCUGGUAUAUUGUGAUGACCAAACUAGUGAUGACUGGAUACUUGGACUCCCAGUUUAGUGGUAGCUGGUAUAUUGGGACUCCCAGUUUAGUGGUGGCUGUUAUAUUGGACUCCCAGUUUAGUGGUGGCUGUUAUAUUGGGAUUCCCAGUUUAGUGGUGGCUGGUAUAUUGGGACUCCCAGUUUAGUGGUAGCUGUUAUAUUGGGAUUCCCAGUUUAGUGGUGGCUGGUAUAUUGGGAUUCCCAGUUUAGUGGUGGCUGUUAUAUUGGGAUUCCCAGUUUAGUGGUGGCUGUUAUAUUGGGAUUCCCUGUUUAGUGGUGGCUGUUAUAUUGGGAUUCCCAGUUUAGUGGUGGCUGGUAUAUUGGGAUUCCCAGUUUAGUGGUGGCUGGUUUAUUGGGAUUCCCAGUUUAGUGGUGGCUGUUAUAUUGGGAUUCCCAGUUUAGUGGUGGCUGGUAUAUUGGGAUUCCCAGUUUAGUGGUAGCUGUUAUAUUGGGAUUCCCAGUUUAGUGGUGGCUGGUAUAUUGGGACUCCCAGUUUAGUGGUGGCUGGUAUAUUGGGACUCCCAGUUUAGUGGUGGCUGUUAUAUUGGGAUUCCCAGUUUAGUGGUGGCUGGUAUAUUGGGAUUCCCAGUUUAGUGGUGGCUGGUAUAUUGGGAUUCCCAGUUUAGUGGUGGCUGUUAUAUUGGGAUUCCCAGUUUAGUGGUGGCUGGUAUAUUGGGAUUCCCAGUUUAGUGGUGGCUGGUAUAUUGGGAUUCCCAGUUUAGUGGUGGCUGGUAUAUUGGGAUUCCCAGUUUAGUGGUGGCUGUUAUAUUGGGAUUCCCAGUUUAGUGGUGGCUGGUAUAUUGGGAUUCCCAGUUUAGUGGUGGCUGGUAUAUUGGGAUUCCCAGUUUAGUGGUGGCUGGUAUAUUGGGAUUCCCAGUUUAGUGGUGGCUGGUAUAUUGGGAUUCCCAGUUUAGUGGUGGCUGGUAUAUUGGGAUUCCCAGUUUAGUGGUGGCUGUUAUAUUGGGAUUCCCAGUUUAGUGGUGGCUGUUAUAUUGGGAUUCCCAGUUUAGUGGUGGCUGGUAUAUUGGGAUUCCCAGUUUAGUGGUGGCUGGUAUAUUGGGAUUCCCAGUUUAGUGGUGGCUGGUUUAUUGGGAUUCCCUGUUUAGUGGUGGCUGGUUUAUUGGGAUUCCCUGUUUAGUGGUGGCUGGUUUAUUGGGAUUCCCAGUUUAGUGGUGGCUGGUUUAUUGGGAUUCCCUGUUUAGUGGUGGCUGGUUUAUUGGGAUUCCCUGUUUAGUGGUAGCUGGUUUAUUGGGAUUCUCAGUUUAGUUGUAUCUGGUUUAUUGGGAUUCCCAGUUUAGUGGUGGCUGGUAUAUUGGGAUUCCCAGUUUAGUGGUGGCUGGUAUAUUGGGAUUCCCAGUUUAGUGGUGGCUGUUAUAUUGGGAUUCCCAGUUUAGUGGUGGCUGGUUUAUUGGGAUUCCCAGUUUAGUGGUGGCUGGUAUAUUGGGAUUCCCUGUUUAGUGGUAGCUGGUUUAUUGGGAUUCCCAGUUUAGUGGUGGCUGGUUUAUUGGGAUUCCCUGUUUAGUGGUAUCUGGUUUAUUGGGAUUCUCAGUUUAGUGGUAUCUGGUUUAUUGGGAUUCCCAGUUUAGUGGUGGCUGGUUUAUUGGGAUUCCCAGUUUAGUGGUGGCUGGUUUAUUGGGAUUCCCAGUUUAGUGGUGGCUGGUAUAUUGGGAUUCCCAGUUUAGUGGUGGCUGGUUUAUUGGGAUUCCCAGUUUAGUGGUGGCUGGUUUAUUGGGAUUCCCAGUUUAGUGGUGGCUGGUUUAUUGGGAUUCCCAGUUUAGUGGUGGCUGGUAUAUUGGGACUCCCAGUUUAGUGGUAUCUGGUUUAUUGGGAUUCCCUGUUUAGUGGUAGCUGGUUUAUUGGGACGCCCAGUUUAGUGGUGGCUGGUAUAUUGGGACAACCACAGUGAAUGGAUAAAGGGUCAGUACAGUAAAGAAGAUAGGUGCACUUACUUCACCCAUUAAAGAAUUGCUUACUGAACUGAAUUGCCUAUACAAUCAGGUUUGGUAGUUGUGGCAGAAUAAUGAAGUAGCUAGGUUAUUGGUGGCUGAACUGAAGCAGCCAGCUUUCUGGUGACUGGAAAGGAAAUAUAAGAUGAGAUAAAUGUUAUUUCAUUUCACAAUACAUAGAUAAUGUGUUCUGCAGAGGUUUUGAUUAGUGACAGCUGGAGGGAAAUUAAUUACAGUAAAUAUAGACCCUGGAUUUCCAUCUAGAUUUGCUAUAUAACUAUUUUAUUUUCACUGGAUUUAUGAAGCUCAGCUGUGUAUAUAACAUGGUCUACAUAUUUUGAUAGCAUGGAAUUUAUGUUUACAACAUUGCUGCUUGAAAGCUGUCAGAACUACAACCAGGAGUUGUCAGAUAACAGAUCCUUUUAUUGGGCAUUAACAAAGUAUAUAUUUUUGUACAUGUAUUGUACAUCUAUUGACAUUUAAGUGUUUACCUUUGUGAUUGUAACAGUUGGAUGCACGAACACUUCAUUUUGUAUAGAGAACAAAAGUGUUGAAUAUUAGGUUUUCUGUUAUCAAAAUGGAUGAUAAAGUCCUAUCACUUCUUGUCACUACAAGUAAAUCGUUUCUUAAAAGUAACAAGUUUUCAAUAUUUUGCAGACUUAAUUUGUAUGGAAAUUAGUAAAAAUGGUGAUGUUAUUUCCUUGUAUGUUUUAAAAUGCUUUAACAAUGUUUACACAAUACAGUUUUGACAGAAAUCUUGUUUAAACGAUCAUUACAAUGAUAGAUGAGCUGAUCAGUGGCCUCCUGGAUUACUGAAGGCUUUGACACUAAUGUGGUUAGAUUUUUUUUUUAUCCGUUGGAGUAUAUCGGCAGAUCUUCCCCCCGGAGAAGACUAUUGAGACUUUGCAGAUGAUUUCUAUAUUUUCUCUGUUACAUUGUCAGUGUUUAGUUUACAAGCACCAAAGUUUUACAUUUAAUCCAAUUUACUACCAGCUCACUUUGCAUUUGCUUUUCAGGCUACAUUCGAAAGAACUUGCCAACAUAGGUGUAGUCGAAAGUCUUUUUACGAUACAUCCCUUUUACUUUGUCGUUUUUAAGCUAACAAUAAAGUAUUGUCUGCAAUAUUUUGUUCAUCAAGAAUUUCUAGUCUGCAGUGACAUUAUUUUGUGAAUAUCAGAAAUUUGUGUUAUUUUUACCUCCCAUGUCAUAGUGUGCUUGUCUAAUUGGUGAUAUGAUUUUGAGAAAGUGGAAAGUGUAGUACAGUAAAUCUCUAAAUAAAAACUAUUUCCGA